ACCUGCACCAAACCAAACAGUUGAAUUAUGUACCACAGUUUUUAAGAAAAUAUGACCCUUGGAGGCUGGUCAAUGUCAGCCUCCACACUAAACAGAUAAUUAUACUACUCCAUCACGCUGACAUAUACAAAUUCCUGUGACGCAGCGUAGGCUAUAAGGAAGAAGUCUGGCUCAGCACCUGGUCCUGAUGGACAGCUCCUGCUCAGCUGCUGCUUGAAGGAUGCUGUUCAAAACGUGAUUGCUUUUUGUCGUUACCAUCGUCUAAUUCCAUAUUGCGGACUGCGGUUGAAGCUUUGACCUUAACUUAAGGCAUUCCUUUGCCAGUGAUUGUAUUUUCUAUAAUUUUUUCUGUCAAAGCCCCAGAACGGCUACGUCUUCCCACAGAGUGAUACUGCGAGCGAUAUUAGUUGAACAGAGGUAUACCCUCUUAGUGCUUGAGUUGGUGUAGGCAGCACAGACCGUUUGUUACACUUGCUGGAGAAGGGGACUGUAGGAAAGCAGGAAUUUUGGAACUACCUGACAUUCCUAAGAAGGUGAAAGAAAUAAAAUACACAUUAUAAUGUAUUCUUAACAGGAAAUUGCAGCUGGCAUUCCCAAAAACGGAGUGAAACCCAGAAAAUACGUAUUUUCAGACUGUACAACAACCAGCAAAUAACGUAUUUACAAGAAAUGGAUAUUCAGCUGUUUGAAAACCUGGAUGCAAUUUCUCUUUUGUUGGAAACAUUACCCCGUGACUACAACUAGGCUCAUCAGCCUUGGUUUCUUUUUUAUUGUUCUAGGGCACGUUGUUUGGAGUACAACUAUCGAACCUUAAGUUGUAACCCGUCAAACGGGCAUAUAAAUAAAUAAUAAAGCCAACAGCAAAGCCACAACGUGUCAUUGGUCCGAGAAGAUAGUAGCCCCGAUCAAAAGGAAAGCUAUUUAUAAUUCUCUUAGCGCAAGCUAAGAAUAUUCUCUCCUUUCUGUCAACUCUUUGACUGAGUGAAUAAGGAAAAGAGUGAAUAUAGUCUGCAGGUCGCCUGCAGUACUGAUACACACUUGUUGUUACUCUGUUCUAAAGUGAGGACUAUACAACUUAACGCAUAACUUCCUUGUUCUGACGACCUGAAAGUAUCGUGCAUUCUGAGGGCAGCACAACUUUUUUUUUAUUCUAAUCUAAAAACGUCCUCCGAAUAUUUAAGGGAAAUGGUGAAUGAACGCUGGAAAAGUAUGUCUGGGUCUCCCCAGUUGGAAGAGAGUAAUCAGCAGAAACCUCAGAUGCUGAGCUGUGGUUAUCUUCUCUGCACGAUUCUCCUGUUUGUGGCUGUUCUCCUUGCAGUGGCUGUGACUGGCACGAUUCUGUUCAUGAACCACUACCGUGCUGCAGCCACAGAGUCACCACCCCAUAUCACAACUAACCAGGAUGAUACCAAUGCACUGGUCACUGUAGAGAGAGCUGAUGGCUCCCGAGUCAACAUUUUCAUCGAGCCCAAUUGUCCUGACUUCUCCAGCAGCUUCAUACGCCUUGAAGGUCUCCAGUCAUCUGUGCUAAAGGCCAUCAUGGAUCAUGAUAUACAGCUGAAAUCUGUAAAGGGUCAGGAUCGUGCUCUACUGGUUACACUGGCAGAUGAGGUCGCUAAAAUACUGGCUCACACCACUCAGACAAAAAUGGAUUAUGAUGCCCUGAAGAAAGGGCAUAACAGCUUGGGACAAGAGCUAAAUACCCUCCAGAAUGAACAAGGCAGGCUAAUUCAGCUCCUCUCAGAUAGCCAGGCAAACAUGGCAAGGCUUGUGAGCUCUGUCAGUGAAACACUGGAUACUGUGCAGAAAGAACAGGGAGCCGCAAAACCCCACUUCAAAGCUGAUCUGCAGAAGGCUUCUAUCAGAGCAUUACGUCCAAAGGGAUGUUCAUCUGGGUCACGACCUCGGGACUGCUAUGACAUCUACAUGAGCGGACAUCAUGAAGAUGGGGUGUAUUCCAUCUUUCCUACACAUUAUCCUGCAGGAUUCCAGGUUUUUUGUGACAUGACUACAGAAGGAGGUGGUUGGACAGUAUUUCAACGUCGAGAAGAUGGCUCUGUGAAUUUUUUUCGAGGUUGGGAAGCUUAUCGAGAUGGUUUUGGAAAGAUUACAGGGGAGCAUUGGCUAGGUUUGAAAAGAAUUCAUGCUCUGACCACACAGGCCAAUUAUGAGCUGUGGAUUGAUCUGGAGGACUUUGAGAAUGGGACUGCUUAUGCUCACUACAGCACAUUUGGUAUUGGUUUGUUCUCCGUUGAUGCAGAAGAAGAUGGAUAUCCACUCACUGUAGCUCACUACUCAGGAACAGCAGGUGAUUCACUUCUGAAACACAAUGGAAUGAAGUUUACUACAAAAGACCGUGACAAUGACCACUCAGAAAACAACUGCGCCACUUUCUAUCAUGGGGCAUGGUGGUACCGCAACUGCCACAAUUCCAACUUAAAUGGGCAUUACCUCAAGGGUCAUCAUACCUCCUAUGCAGAUGGAGUGGAGUGGUCCUCAUGGACAGGUUGGCAGUACUCGCUGAAGUUUACUGAAAUGAAGAUCAGGCCAACAAGACAUGAUGACUAACCCAAGAGCCACCAGGUGGAUUCAGCCAUGGAUAAACAUUUAUGGCAGUGGGGUCCAUAUAUGCUUGACAUAUAUUGACUUUUGACCAGGCUAAUUCUGUGAAUCAUAUUCAUUAAGACUCUGGUAGAGUGGUUGAUGUUAGGGAUUGUAGUAAUAUAUUUUUGAUAGCCAGUUACAAACCAAUACUUUGCCCAUGCACUUCUUUACUCCCUUUUGUAAAACUGCUAGACCUGCUUUUGAGCAAGAUGUUCUUAUCCUUCUUCGCAUUCUUCUUACAAUGUUCAUUUUUUUUUCUUCUUUAUUUGGUCAAAUCUUAAGCACAGAGGAGCAAUAGUUCUUUAGAUUUUACGUGUACUGUUUUAUUGAGUUAGCUGUGGUGAGGCUAUUCUCAGAAAUAGGGUGUGUUUUUGGCUUCAGUUUAAUACUAUUAUCACUAAUUAAUGAAAUAAAAUAUGUAUUGAGUAUAUUACUUAGAAAAUGGAUGAUGAAAUAAAACAGGUAAUGUGCAGAUUACACAGAAGAUGAAAACGUGACAUACUGGCAGGGAGUCCUUAAAUUGUUAAGCAUAUUUCUUAUAAGUACACAUCAUAAAACAAAUACUUAGAAAUUUUCUAAAGAAAACUGAAAUAUACCGCAGGUGUAUAGCUCUGUAUAUGACUAAUAUUUAAGAAUAAAAACAGAAUAUAAUCAAGAGGUGAUGUGUUUAAAAUAACAAUAGUAAAACAUAGUUAAAUAUGUAAAAUGAUCGAUUAUAACAUGUCUUUAUACUAAAAAUGUGUAUCUUCUUAGCUGCUGUUUACAUCUUGAUCACAGAUUUCCCCAUCAUUUGUUUACAACCUAUACUCCAAAACGGUAUCUGAAACAUGAAUUCACAGUGGAGUUAACAAAUCCUUUUAAAGCCUAGAUCUGAAGAAAUAUCUGCACCCUGUCCUGUACAUGGCAUUGGAAGCAUAUUUGUAAAAUUACCUUGAAAAUAAUGUUAUCAUCUUCAAGCAUAACAAUACUCUGAGUAAAAUUCAGUGCAAACCAGAAUAUUUAUUUAUUUAGGUUUACUACUGAAAACUUGAAAUGGCAUACAUUGAACAGUUACAUGGUCGACCCAAAAUCUUGAAUCUAGAAUGGCGAAAAUGCGGCCAGGUCGAACCUGAAUAUAUCAACACCUGUAGUUCACUGUAUUCGACAUAGCAGGAGGUGACGUCAGUCACCCAUGCUAUGCAGUUUACCAUACCGUGAUAUUCCAGACUCAACGGUAUGUGUAUUUUAUUAUUUUGCAGGGGACCAAGCUCCCCUGCAUCCCCUGCAAAUUAUAUAUACCAGCUCUGAGA